UUCUCCGUUCAUCUGGUCAUCUAGCCACUACAACACAAAACACCACCGUCUGUUUACAGUCUCUCUAGAAGCAGCCGGCGGACAGCACCAUUUUACAGACGUUAUUUUUGUUUCAAUCCACUGUAUUUCUUCCGAGCCUGAAGACUGACUGAGGUCACGUCACAUUUAACGGCAGAGAGAUUAUUUUUGUUUAAAUUUUGAGGAGAACUCUCAACACCUGCCUUUGUUAGCAAGUUAGCCUCGCGUGUCCUUAAAGGCUCCUCAUCCUUAAUUCUCUCGUUAUAUUCGGCUUUGUUUUAUUUUCUUCAAUCAUUUAUUAAGCGAAACAGCAGUUGUAGCUAAACCCGUGCUAACGGAGCAGCUCUUUGUUCGUACCUCGGAAAAAACACACCAGCACCGCCUUGGAGUGAUGAGGAUGAUGUUGGUGAUGAAAAAGAGACAGAGCUGAGAGCUGAGUGUGUGUGGUUGUGUUGCGUUCACAUUGGGAGCGGGACGAACCCCCUUCCCCCACACACACUGCAUCCAUGUUCUCCCCCGACCAGGAAAACAUCUCCACGUCGUCAACCAAAGUGCCAGUCAAAUACGGAGAACUCAUUGUGCUCGGGUAUAAUGGCUCUCUACCCAACGGGGACCGCGGCAGAAGGAAGAGCAGGUUUGCACUCUUCAAAAGGCCCAAAUCCAACGGUGUCAAACCCAGCACUGUACACGUAGCCUGCACCCCACAGGCUGCCAAGGCCAUAAGUAACAAGGAUCAGCACAGUAUUUCCUACACGUUGUCCCGUGUACAGACGGUGGUGGUGGAGUACACUCAAGACAGCAAUACAGAUAUGUUUCAGAUUGGUCGCUCAACUGAAACUCCUAUAGAUUUUGUGGUGACCGACACGGUUCCCGGGAGUCAGAGUAACUCUGACACGCAGUCGGUUCAGAGCACCAUAUCUCGCUUCGCAUGCCGGAUCAUGUGUCAGCGAACGCCCCCUUAUACCGCCCGCAUCUACGCCGCCGGAUUCGACUCCUCCAAGAACAUCUUCCUAGGGGAGAAAGCAGCGAAGUGGAAGACGUCGGAUGGACAGAUGGACGGUCUGACUACUAAUGGUGUGUUGGUAAUGCAUCCUCGCCAUGGUUUCACAGAGGACUCCAAACCCGGUGUGUGGAGAGAGAUUUCGGUGUGCGGAAAUGUGUUCACACUGAGAGAGACGCGCUCGGCACAGCAGCGAGGGAAAAUGGUGGAGAAUGAGACUCAAGAGUUAGUAGACGGCUCUCUGAUCGAUCUCUGUGGAGCGACUCUCUUGUGGCGCACCGCUGAAGGGCUUUCCCGUACUCCCACCGUCAAACACCUGGAGGCGCUCCGGCAAGAGCUGAACGCUGCUCGUCCCCAAUGCCCUGUGGGUUUCAACACCCUCGCUUUCCCCAGCAUGCGGCGGAAGGACAUCGUGGACGAGAAGCAACCCUGGGUCUACCUAAACUGCGGUCACGUUCACGGCUACCACAACUGGGGCAACCGCGACGCAGAGCGAGACGGAAGGGAAGGCCGUGAGCGGGAAUGUCCCAUGUGUCGCGCUCGCGGGCCGUACGUGCCGUUGUGGCUGGGCUGCGAGGCUGGGUUCUAUCUGGAUGCGGCCCCUCCUACUCACGCAUUCAGCCCUUGCGGCCACGUGUGCUCAGAAAAAACAGCGGCGUAUUGGAGUCAAAUCCCUCUUCCUCAUGGAACGCACACCUUCCACGCCGCUUGUCCUUUCUGCGCUCAGCAGCUCAGCGGCGAGCAGGGAUACAUCAGACUGAUCUUCCAGGGGCCCGUGGACUAAACACACCUACCCAGUAACCCCAUUUGACAAACAUUAGUCAGGCGUUUCUUUCUGCUGUUGCUAUCUGAUUUUAUAAAGAUGACUUUUCUGCGCUCUCAGACUGUUUUUUCCUCCCUUUCUGGUUUGUAAGUGACCUUUAUACUGCUUUUUCGAAUACAGAGAAAAACAAAAAUAUAUAUUUUCAAAUAAAAGGAUUAUAAAAGCAAAAAAAAAAAUGAAAGCAGAGCACAUGCACACCCACAUUCGAGCGUUCUGAUUGGGUGGCUCUGCUCGUCUUUUGACGAUGGUUACAGAUGAUGACUUGUACAUUGUUUAUUUGCUAACAGUAAUACUCAGCAUUACAAAGGCAAUACACCAUCCAUGUAUGAGCUCAAAUCAUUCAGUGAUUCACAGCAUUUCAUAAAACAACUACAUUUAGAUUCCAGAUAACUGUUUUCCAUAUAUGUCUAACUUAAAUACUUAAUGUUUUUUUAUUUAUACACUAUCAAUGUUUAUCGAAGAUAAAAAUUUAUAGGUGUGUGUUUGGGGAGUUAAGUUCUGUGUAGCUGUUUUUUUUUUCUCUUUUUUUGUGAGUCUCUUCCAUUUGUAGGCUUCGCUAUAGCAUUCAGAUUUGUUCUCAUAUAUGUAGGUUACAUAUAAUUGUGUGAGUGAAAUCUUCUCUGCAGUAGCUCAGAGAAAUGUUCUCGCUGAGCUCCACAAAGCUCAAGAGGCCUAAAAAUCUUCACCUCCCUUUAAGCACAGGCCAAAAUCACAUGCCCUGUCAGCGAGUGUUCGCAAAAUUGUGUGCUUAAAUGUCUUCAUAAAUUCUGUUCAAGCCUUUUCUGUGUAGAUGACUACCCUUGUUUGGAUAUUUUGGGGACACUGGGAAGUUAUUUCCAUCCGUAGUGCGAAAAGUAGCACUAACCUCUGGAAAAAAAAAAAUCCUUUACCUCUUUUAUAGAUCCGUUUUAGUCUCUCAGUUUGCAAACUGAGAUGUGAUUUGUUUUGUACCUAACAGCUACUGGGAUUCUGAUUCCAGUAGAAAGGGUAACUUUUUUUCAUUGUUCAGUUUAAAAUAGAUGUUAAAUUUUUUGUUUCUAAAUGAAUGACACUCCCCCUGUGUGCAAGAAACUAAAUAGUUAAUACUUAAAAUGCCAUUCAAUGUUUGGGGUCAGUAAAAUUUCUUUUAUUUUUUUAGAGAAAUUUAUACUUUUAUUCUGCAAGGACACAUUUAAUUGAUCAAAUGUGAGCGUAAAGACUUGAACUUUCACCAAAUCAGCAUAUGUGACCCUGGACCACAAACCAGUCAUAAGGGUCAGUUGUUUAAAAUUGAGAUUUAUACAUCAUCUGAAAGCUGGAUAAAUAAGCUUUCCAUACAACGGUCAAAAAAUCAAAAUAUUGAGAAAAUCACCUUUAAAGUUGUUCAAUUGAAGUUCUUAUCAAUGCAUAUUACUAAUAAAAAAUUAAGUUUUGAUAUAUGUAUGGUAGGAAAUUUACAAAAUAUCUUUAUGGAACAUGAUCUUUACUUAAUAUCCUAAUGAUUUUUGGCAUAAAAGAAAAAUCUAUAAUUUUGACCCAUAUUGUUGGCUAAUGCUACAAAUAUACCCGUGCUGCUUACGACUGGUUUUGUGGUUGCAUAUUAGAACGAUUUCUGAAGGAUCAUGUGACACUGAAGACUAGAGUAAUGGCUGCUGAAAAGCCAUCGCAGGAAUCAAUUACAUUGAAGAUAUUGAAACUGAAAAUGUAAUCACAUAAAUGCAGCUUCGGUGAGCAUAAGUGAUGUUGAAAACACUUAAUGACACUUAUGACCUCAAACUUUUGAACAGUAGUGUAUGUUUUAUGAAAGCCAUAUUACCUUCUUAUUCUGUGGAACACAAAAGAAGACAUGUAUAGCAGUCCAAGCUGCUCUUUUCCAUACAAUACAAGUAGACGAUGACGUUUUAACUGAUGUGAUAUAAGGUUAAAUGUCAGUCUAUUCCUCACUUCCAGAACAAAAAUUUACAGAUCAUUUACUCACCUCCUCCUGUCCUACAUCAUUGUUUUACAUUUUUUUUUAGUAAAGGGUGUUUGACCCUCCUUGCGCAUUCACUUUGUAAACACUGGGUCGGUACUUCUGCAGAGAUGUAGGACGAAUUUGAAGUUGGAGGAGAAAAUGAUAUGGGAGUUUUUUGACACCCAAACUGUAUUGACCCGGAAUGCACAGAGUUCACGCAGAGCUAGACAAGCAUUUGAGGUUUAAAAAGUAUAUAAAUUGUAACCUUUUUUUUUUUAGAAAAUGACAUUGUUUUGCUAGAUAAAACCUUUCUUUUUCAGCUGGGAUCAUUUAGAGCCCUUUGAAGCUGCAUUUAAACUGCAUUUUGGAAGUUCAAACUCUUGGGCAACAUUGAAGUCCACUAUAUGGAGAAAAAUGCCUGCGAUGUUUGCCUCAAAAAAAAAACCAAACAAUUUCUUUACGACUGAAAAAAGAAAGAUUUGAACAUCUUGGAUGACAAGGGGGGUGAGUAAAUUAUCUGUAAAUUUUUGUUCUGGAUUUUUGUUCUCCUUUAAAAACCGUUGUUCCCCAUCCACUUUCAUUCUAUGGAAAAGAGCAGCUUUUCUAAACCUUUUUUGUUCUGUGGAAGAAAGUUUGAGAUUAAGCAAAAUAUAGCCCCCCUCAAAGAACGAACCUCUAUGUGUAUGUAUAUGUGUGUACGAGUAUGCUAAUAUAUUUGAAUUUGUAAUGACGUUAUUGACUGUUUGAUUUCAUGUACAUGCUGUCGUAUGUACCGUGCGAAUGUUAAAUGUGCUGUACUGUGUUACGUGUAAAAUUCUGGAGAGUCUGAAGGGUUGAGAAUCCCAGGACUGUGAAGUGGAUUCUCUGCCUGAGGAGUCCGAGCUCGACUUCCAGAGAUCGUUCAGUUCCUGCUGUUCUGAACAGCACCCAGACACGGCAUACUGGUGCAGUUUUUUCACCUCAGGGAGUUUCCUCCAUCCUGACCACCAGGGCAUGUGUUCAUGAAGUAUUUCAGAUCCAGACAGCUGAUCUGGGGUCUGUUGCGUGUGGGGAGAUCUAGACCACACUCUGCUCAAAGUGCUAUGAGCGAAUAUGAAGCUUAAUAAUCACGCCACAGACAUAAUAACCCCACACCCCUAUUUUUUCUGUAAUUUGAGGAUGGUUUAUUAGCAAAAUAAUAAUUCUUCAUCUCCUCCUGUGAGUGUUUUUCCAAGUAUUAAGCAGACACACUAGAUUUGUUAGACACGUUUGACUUUUUAAGGGCAUCGCUCGUUUGUCUCUGUAGAGACGGCGUGUGUAAAGGGCUUUUUUCCUUUUUAUUUUCUGUUUUUUUUUUUUGUUUGAGUUCUUUGACAUGUCUUUUGUCACUUUGGUCUAACCAGUCUGCAUGAUCCUAGUAUGUGUGUGUGUGAGAGAGAGAGAGAGUGUGUGUGUGUGUUCUGAAAAAUCAGAAUGCAUAAAGGCAAAUGAUGAGAAUGUUUCUGAUCUACCAUUUUGUACCAACUUUAAACAAAUAAAAUUUUUAAAAGCAUGUUGAAAGAG